AUGCUUCGAUCACCAGCAGAAUUGUUGUAUGAUAAAUUGAGUGGUAUUGCUUGUCUAUUUAAACCAGCUGAUAUGAAGAUGCAACAUUUUUUUACUAUUAUACAAGAAAGAUUAGCAUCAGCAUUCAAUCAAAUGUCUUGUCGACCACCAAUGAAUCGUGUUGAUAUUAUACGUGAUAGUCAAACAGGAAAAGAAAUGGUUGUUUCAUCUGUUGAUCUAUCUGAUACGAUACAAGCAUUAGGUCCACGUUAUCAACCAGAAGAUUUUGAUAUUCAAUCAAUUUUUCCAUUAGAACCUUUUUCAUCUGGAUUACAGAUUGUGAGUAUUAAUGAUGAAUCAAAAUGUCUCGAUCAAAUUAAAGAUGGUCAACCAUUGAGAUGCUAUCAUAUUCAAGGCAAAAUGGGUGAAUCAACAAAUACACUUGACGCUAAUGGCGUUAUUGUUGAAAAAAGCACUUACAAACAUGUAAAUCGAUCUAAAACUGAACGUGUUUGUGCUCUAAUUCAAAGUAGUUUUCAAGCAUCAAUGUUUAAAAUGUCAGGAAUCAGCCCAUUUACUCAAGCUGGUUUUGAAUUAGCUAAAGCUGGCUUAUGGAAACCUCGUGAUCAUACUCUACCACCUAUAGUUUAUGGUCUUAAAUUACUUAAUUUUAAAGCACCAUUUUUUGAUAUUGAAAUGUAUGUUAUUAAUGAACAAGAAAUUCAUUUAAAAGAAGUUAUUCUCGAUAUUGGUAUACGUUUACGUACAAGUACACUUUCAGAAUCAAUACGUCGUACAAAUAUUGGUCCAUUUAAUAUUCAACAUUGUUUAGUUAUUGAUGAAAUAACACCUGAUAGUCUAGUUAAUAAUAUAAAUACAAUUGAAACAAUAAUUGAAAAAUCAAAUUUAUUAGAUAAAACAGUUCUUGUUAAUAAAACACAUAUAGAAGAAACAAAAUUACUUGGAAAACAAUCCGAUGAAAGUUCAAUUGAUCUUUAUAAAACAAAACGACCUAUUCAUCAACAAUCACAAAUAUAUACAAAUGAAGAUGAAAAUAAUAAUAUUAAUAAAUGA